GUGCUGGGAGCGCUGCUAUGGCGUUUCUCAGACCCGCGGCUCCUCCUCACACGCUCGAGGCGGAGGGAAGGAGGGGUAAGAGGAGGAGGAGGCGAGCGGGCGGCCGCCGCAGCUGCAGACCCGGGGCCAGAGAAGGAGGCGGAGCGGGAGCCGCCGCAGCCACCCCGGCCGCCGCCGCCCGCAGCCGCGGGGCUGCUGCGAGUCCUCUCCGGGCUUGAGGGCACGCGGGGCUCCCUGGCCAUGCCCCGCAUUGGUCGCUGAGCCGGGCGCGGGCCCCCUCCUUCCCGGCCGCCUCAGCCGCCGUGCCCCCGGGCUGCCCGCGGCCGGAGUGCCCGGCGCCUCCCGCGCGCCCCAGCCCGCGAGCGCGAGCAGUCGCGGCCGCCGAGGCGCGGGUGGUGCCGGCGGCGGCGGCGGCGGGAGCGCGGGGCAGGAGGAGGCGGGGAAGAUGGACCCGGCGCCCUCGCUGGGCUGCAGCCUCAAGGAUGUGAAGUGGAGCUCGGUGGCCGUUCCGCUCGACCUGCUGGUCAGCACUUACCGGCUGCCCCAGAUCGCGCGGCUGGACAGCGGAGAAUGCAUAGAAGGGCUGCGGGAAAACGAAUACCUUCUGAUUCAUUCCUGCCGUCAGUGGACCACCAUCACUGCCCACAGCCUGGAGGAGGGACACUACGUCAUUGGGCCAAAGAUAGAGAUUCCAGUACAUUAUGCAGGGCAAUUCAAGCUGCUGGAACAAGACCGAGAUAUAAAGGAGCCAGUGCAAUAUUUCAACAGUGUGGAGGAGGUGGCCAAAGCAUUUCCUGAGCGCGUGUACGUCAUGGAGGAAAUAACAUUCAACGUGAAGGUUGCUUCAGGUGAAUGCAACGAGGACACCGAAGUUUAUAACAUCACCCUCUGUACUGGGGAUGAACUCACUCUCAUGGGGCAGGCAGAAAUCUUGUACGCAAAGACUUUCAAGGAAAAGUCACGACUCAACACAAUUUUCAAAAAGAUCGGGAAGCUCAAUUCCAUCAGCAAGCUGGGAAAAGGCAAAAUGCCAUGCCUGAUCUGCAUGAAUCAUCGGACCAAUGAAAGCAUUAGCCUGCCAUUCCAGUGCAAGGGCAGAUUUAGCACCCGGAGUCCCCUGGAACUUCAGAUGCAGGAGGGCGAACACACCAUCCGCAACAUUGUGGAGAAAACCAGGCUCCCCGUGAACGUGACUGUGCCCAGCCCUCCACCCAGGAACCCGUACGACCUCCACUUCAUCCGCGAGGGGCAUCGCUACAAGUUUGUGAACAUCCAGACCAAGACAGUGGUGGUUUGCUGUGUGCUGCGGAACAACAAGAUCCUCCCCAUGCACUUCCCUUUGCAUUUGUCGGUCCCCAAGUUUAGCCUUCCAGAACACUUGGUAAAGGGAGACGUGUGGCCCGAGACCCUGGUCCAUCACUGGCUGGGUAUCUGCCAAGAACAGUUCGACAUCGACGAGUAUUCCCGGGCUGUCCGAGAUGUGAAAACUGACUGGAAUGAGGACUGCAAGAGCCCCAAGAAGGGCCGGUGCUCUGGCCACAACCACGUGCCCAGUUCUCUUAGCUAUGCCCGCGAUGAGCUCACCCAGUCCUUCCACCGGCUCUCCGUCUGUGUGUAUGGCAACAAUCUCCAUGGCAACAGUGAGGUGAACCUCCAUGGCUGCAGGGACCUGGGGGGCGAGUGGGCCCCCUUUCCUCAUGACAUCCUGCCCUAUCAGGACCUGGGUGACAGUGGGAGCGACUACCUUUUCCCGGAAUCCGGUGAAGAAUCGGCAGGCAUCCCCGGGAAGUCAGAGCUUCCUUAUGAAGAGCUCUGGCUGGAGGACGGCAAGCCCAGCCAUCAGCCUCUCACGCGUUCCCUGAGCGAGAAGAGCAGAUGCGAUCAGUCUAGAGGGUCCGUCCGGUCCAAAUGUGCGACCUCUCCUCUUCCUGUGCCCGGAACUCUGGGAGUAGCCAUGAAGUCUUCAGAGAUUGCCCUACCUCCACCUCCAGUGCCUCCCAAAUCUGAAGCCGUCAGGGAAGAGUGCCGGCUCCUGAACGCCCCUCCUGUUCCACCCCGAAGCGCAAAGCCUUUGUCCACAAGCCCCUCGGUCCCUCCUCGUACGGCCAAGCCAGCUCGGCAGCAGACUCGCUCUCCCAGCCCCACCCUGUCCUACUAUUCGUCAGGGCUGCACGACAUCGUUCCUAAAAGCGACACGAGUCCUUCCGAAAGUGCGCCUGUGUCCUGCUAUCCCUGCAACCGCGUGAAAACUGAUUCCGUGGACCUCAAGUCCCCGAUGGGAAGUCCCUCUGCUGACACGCUCUCCUCCAGGCUCUCGUGGCCCAACCAUUAUUCGGGAGCGUCGGAGAGCCAGACCAGGAGCGACUUCCUGCUGGGUCCCAGCAGGAGCUACAGUUACCCGCGACAGAAGACGCCAGGCACACCAAAGAGAAACUGCCCAGCACCCUUUGAUUUGGACGGCCGUGAGCUCUCGGCCAGUCCCCCUGGCUCCGUCACUUCAGAAUUCAGCGGCAGCGUCCCUGCCUGUCCCAAGUCGGCCAGCUACUCUGUGGAGGGCACGGAUGAGAAAACUCGGGCUGCUGACACAACCAAGCAGAGUCUUUCGUGCCCUGCCCUACCCCCCAGGGCUCCAAAGCCAGUGGAAGAGAAAGCCGCCUCGGACACUGCUCCCUUGCCUCUGAAAAUUGAUGGUGCUGAGGAAGACCCCGAGCCUGGGUCCCCGGACCUCUCUGAGGACCAGUACUUUGUUAAAAAGGGCAUGCAGGACAUCUUCUCCGUCACCUACCCCUUCUCAUCUCCGCUCCACCUCCAGCUGGCCCCCAGGUCCUGCGGCGAUGGCUCCCCAUGGCAGCCGCCCGCUGACCUGUCGGGACUCUCUGUAGAAGAAGUGUCCAAGUCGUUACGGUUUAUUGGUUUGUCUGAAGAUGUCAUAUCCUUCUUCGUUACUGAAAAGAUCGAUGGGAAUUUGCUCGUUCAGCUGACGGAAGAAAUCCUCUCCGAGGAUUUCAAACUGAGCAAACUGCAGUGUCUAACAGCAAGAGGUCUGAAGAGCAUUUCGCAGAGUGUAUUAGGUGUUCUUCACACGCUUGUGCUUCAGGAGAGCUCAAAAAUCAGACUUACGACCUUCAUCUUUUGAGUAAUUUUUUAUGAAGUAUCAGUAAGUACACUUGUUUCGUUCAUAAGCCUCUUCUUUUCCUCUCGUCCAAAGACAAUACAUUAUUACCAUACUUUUAUUCCAAGAAUUCCAGGACAUUAUUCUGACGGUUCUUGACAGAUGUGAUUAAAAUUUCCAAAAUAUGCCUCAUCAUCAUUGUUGACUUUUUGAAGGAAUGUAAAUCUUAGAAAAGUUCUAGUUCUCCAAGCAAGCCACCAGCCCUAGCCCUGCCUCCCCCCCAGUCUGAUUCUGGAUGUGCAGACAUCUGUGACUGAGGUCAGCCCACCAGGCGUCAAUAUGACUUGCAGGAUUGGCUUCUAUCUUUUUAUCCAGUCUUCCUGCUCACCAGAAUACCUAAACAAAGGUAAAGACAAGACCCACGAUAACGCAACAUGCAAUAUGCAAUAUGGCUUUAUUUCUUUUUUUUUUUUUUUUUAAGAUUUUUUUAUUUUAUUUUAUUUGAGAGAGAAUGAGAGAGAGCACAUGAGAGGGGGGAGGGUCAGAGGGAGAAGCAGACUCUCUGCCGAGCAGGGAGCCCGAUGCGGGACUCGAUCCCGGGACUCCGGGAUCAUGACCUGAGCUGAAGGCAGUCGCUUAACCAACUGAGCCACCCAGGCGCCCAUGGCUUUAUUUCUUGACAUUAAAGAUGUUCUUAAAUCCAUCUCCUGGUUUAGAAUUGAGGUGAAUUGAACCUCUUCUCAUUUUCCAUCCUAAAUCUUUUUUUUUUAAGGCAUUUUUUUUUCCUCCCUUCACACAUCUCCCAAAAUGUAAAUACUCUCGGUAAAAUGCAUCCCAUAAGGCAAACUGGAGCGCCCCUUCAGAAGUAACUGAAAAAUCUAUAUGGAAGUUUCCGGUCCUGCACUCACAUGACAUGAGACCCCUCAGUGACUUUCAUGUUUAAAAAAACAUCCUUCUGUGUCAGCAACCACUUCCAUGGCAACAUUAACCUCUCAGCACUUUCUUUUAAAAUAAAAGCAGAGGAUGCAGUUGAAACGCUGCACGUUUUUCUCUAGCAAAUCCUUGCUGAGUCUGCUUUUAAGUACCUGACCCUUGGACACAAUUCUCAGAUUCCGGCGGGAGGAACAGAGCGGGUUUGGGUUUACUAUGAAGGCUGCCCCACAUAAACAGCUGACUCCUUUUAUGUUUCUCUUUUUAUGUUUUAUUUUGCAAAAACUUGACACAAAUAGUUUCUGGUUUUUGUCCUGGCAUGUGUACAUCGAGUUUGUAUUGGUAGCAAUAUAGAGACUACUUGGGGGCAGGCGCUAUGGCCUUUGGGUCAUGUAUUCAAAUUUGUUGAGCACCUUUUAUCGCCAGGCACUAUGCUGGUAUGACUCGACAAUGCUGAAAAAAAAAAGCCCUCUUGGAGCUCAUGAUGUUUAUAUUUAAAAUCACAGUUGCUGAGACUGCAUAUGUGUGAGAAAGACAGGAAAUCUUCUGGGCAGUUGGAUGUAUGGAGAGUUAAGUGUGUUCUGUCUUCAAAGAAUCACAGAUGGAAGAAAUGGCAGGCUUUAUUAAAGGGGUAAGAAAAUCAACGCCACGUGAUCGUGAAAACUUAGAAUAUGUUAGAGGCUGAAAGUAUCUCUGACUCCCACUAGCUAAUGUUCUCUUUUACCGAUUAGGAAUGUUUUUGACUGUGAUAACUAACUUCUGGCAUCUCCAAAGGCACAGAUACAUGUAGCUGCCAUUCCUGAGCUGAACACUUUGUAGAGGACCUUGGCACCCUGACUAGACAAGGCAGAGAGGAUCACAGCAAGAGACACAGUGCAGGGACGGGGAGGAACCGGCCUUUCCCUGCUAAGAGCUGCAGUUUCGCAGUGAGAAAUGAUGUUCUAGAGAUCCCCAGAAGCAGAACUUUUGCUAACACAACCAGGUCAAGACUGAACAUAUCUGGCAGGUUCCCUGCAGUCAGUGCGGUGACCAUGGGGCUUAGGGGAAAGUGUCUGUCUAAACAGGACCCUCCUUGGGGUUUAAAUUCAUGGCCCCCAUCAGAAAAGAAAAUCAGGAAUAAGCCAAACCAAGCAGCUAAAGUGUAGAAUAUGGACCUAACUCAUGCUGGAAGGGAGAACUCACACACUCCCGGACCUAUUCUUUCUCAGAAUCUUGUAAACGCCGGCACAUUUCUCCUUGAAGUUGAGCUGCUCAACUUUAUGAACUGUGAAAUUUACAUUUACACUCUUUCAACCCACAUAUACCAUUCAAGUUUAUGAAGUUUCAGCAAGCUGCCCAUUCGACUAAAUUGCUAUGUUUAUUCUUGUCUCAUGUAGAAAUAAAACAAUCUUAUGGGAAACUGUUAUGACAAUCCAUUCCAACUGUUUUCAGACAUAGGCAUAAACACCCUCUGCUCACAUUCCAGAACCACCUGCACACCAUCCAUACAACUCCUUGAGAAGUUCAGGGGGUGGAUGUGGAUGGAUAGAGGGUCCUUCAUUUUCCAAACACUUUGUGUAACAAGUCACUACUCAUCAUGCCUAAAGAGCAUAAAAUUAACAUUUUGAAUAACAAACUGGAAAACAAAACCAUUUUCCAAAGUACCUCGUGAACCAUUCAAAGGAAAUUUCAACGUCAGUCCCCCAGAAAAGUUAAAUCUGCUAUUGGACACACGAAACUUUCAGAAACUAUGACCAUUCUAUCAAUUCCCACUCUUUAUCUAGUAAUAUAAAGGCAAUGGGCUGCUAGGGCAAAAAGAGUAAAAUGCCCAGAAUGCAAAUGAUGGAAAGUAGGAUUUUUUAUGCUGUGGGGUUGUAAUAUUGUGGAAUUCUCAUGGCCCCUUCUUGUCAAGUCACAUUGCGGUUUAGUCUUUAAAACUUUAGUCUUUAAAACUUGUGUUUUAAAAUUGAUCUCAUUGUGAAAACCAGAAACAAGGGGUAAACGUGAUAUCAGUUAAAACUAUGUACAAAUAUCUUCUGUAAUUUUGCUGCUCUGUCUAAUUUUUAGGCUAUGAAUUUUGUAAUGAGCUUAUCAGAUUAUAAAUUUCCUUUGUUUACAAUCUCAUGUAUUCGGGCUCAGAUCAUUUCUUAGCUAUCAACCUCUUCUCCCAUUUUCAUAUUAAGUUCCAUUUAAAAUAAUUGUUUAAGCUAAGCCUAAAAAUUGAACUCAAUUAAUUAAAAAUUGGGGGAGUUUUCCUUGAUUUAAAUGGAAAGGGUAUAUUCUUUUCAAAGAAUUUUGUAACCGUCUUUAUAGGUUCUUUGCUUGGAAAACCGGGGGUGUUAACUACCAGUUAACGGUUGUGUUACUUUCCAGAGCAUUAUCUAAUGGGCCCAAUGUGUACCUCAAGAUAAACAUGGUAUGUUCUGUCUAAAAAAGUUCUUUGUUGAUUUAAAUGGUUCCAAAAUGUCUAUAAAUAAAGAAAAUUUAAAAGUUGAUCCUCUUGCA